AUGGUGGAAUCCAUUACUGAGACUGUUACCAUCUCCGUCCGUCGUCCGACUGAUACCCCUACCAUCUUCGUCGCCGGUACCUUCUCGGAACCUCAAUGGGAGCCAUUGGAGCUGAACGUUAAGACGAUAGAGGUCGAGUCGGAACUAGACCCGGGUCUCUACUCGACCGAGUACCUCUUCUUCCGGGAUUUCAAGCUGGCUCCGGGGCAAUACCAGUACAGAUUCCGAGAAGGCGCAACUGGCUCGUGGUUUCACGAUGAGUCUGUAAAGAACGCUUCUGGAACGGAGGGCUUGGUCAACAAUUACCUUACCGUCAAGUCUGCAGCCGAGCAGGAGACUCCGGCUCAGAAUGGUGCCAGUGAGAAGGCGGAGGAGGCCACAAAAGAACCCGAGACGGAUGCUUCGACCGAGGGUGGGCCGGUAACGAAUGGCGUCCACAAGUCGAAUGGUGUCAAUGGAGUCGCUGAGCACGAAGCCCCUGUAGCUGACGAGUCUCCGGCCGAUGAUCAGAAGACCGAACAAGUCCCUGAGAAACCUGUCGAGACUGAUGCCAAAGCAGAGACUGAGGCAGAACCGAAGGAGGCUCUUUCCAACGGCACCAAGGAGCCAGAAGUUAACGGAACCGAACCCGCUGCGCAGACCUCCGAGAGCAAGGACGAGCCCGUGGCCGAGGAGAAGUCCGACCCGGUGGUAGAAAGGCCCGAGGAGAAGGUGGCUGAAUCUCAGCCAGUGGCAGAGAAGGAAGGCACUGAAAAGAAGGCCGAAGAAGUUCCAGCCACCUCUACCCAGGAGGAGGCGCCAGUUGUGAACGGCGAGGCUAAGGUUGAGGCUGAGAAGCAACCUGAGGAAUCCCAGCCACAAAAGGCUACUGAAAAAGUAGCAGUAAAACCAGAGGAGCCUGCUGUUGAGAUGUCCACACCCGAAGUCACGGCUGAGGAAACUCCCGCUCAAGAAUCGAACACCGAGAAGCCCACCGCCACCGAAACCCCUGCAGCUGAAACCACUACGGAGCAGCCCGCCACCGAAGCGCAACCAACUGCGGAGGAGGAGACCACCAAGGAGCCUGCCACAGAGCCUGCCGAGACAAAACAGGCGGAAGUUGUUUCUGAGGAACCCGCCAAGGAAGAGCCGACCCCCGAAGAACCCAAAGAAGCUCCCGCCACUGAAGAGCUAGUGAAGGAAUCUGUUAAGGAGGAGGCUGCACCGGAACAGUCCAAAGAGACAGUCUCCGAGAAGCCUGCUGCUGAGGAGCCCGUUAAGGAGGAGACCACCGAAGCAGUGAAGGAGACAUCCGCCACUGAGAAGCUCGACGAGUCGGAUAAGGCUCCUGUUCAAGAGGAAACGGCGGCGGAAGAGUCUCAGGAGACGACCAAAGAGCCCGUUAAGGAAGAGAUAGCCCCUGGAAAGUCGGAAGAAACACCCGCGAUUAAAGCGCCUGUGGCUGAGGAGCCCGCUGUCGAAGAACCGGUCGAGGAGAAGGCGGCGCCGGAAGAGCCUAAGGACAUAUCCGCCGCUGAUCCAGCCGUCGUGGAAGCACCUGUUAAGGAGACCGUGAAGGAGGAGGGAGUGUCGGAGGCACCUAAGGAGACAUCUGCUGAAGAACCAGUUAAGGAGGCCGUUAAGGAAGAGCCGGUCCCUGAAAAGACCGAGCAACCUGCCGCUCCUGAACCAGCCGUUGCCGAAGAACCAGCAAAGGAGCCUGUUAAGGAAGAGCCAGUCCCUGAAAAGACCGAAGAACCCGCCGCUCCUAAAGAAUCAGUAAAGGAGAUUGUCAAGGAGGAGGCAGUGUCCGAGGCACCUAAGGAGACAUCUGCUGAGGAGCCUGCCACUAAUGACACUGCUGCUCAGGAUAAGCCGUCUACCGAGGAGACCGUCGUUGAAGCAGUGAAGGAGGUACCGGUUGUGGAAGAGACUAAGGAGACUCUGUCCACUGCAGCCCCGGAUGCUCAGGAAUCGGUUGCGCAAGAACCCGUCAUCAAAUCCUCUGCCACCGAAGACGCCCCCAGCGAACCUACUAAGGAGUCCGGCGCCGAGAAGGCAGUGGAAGAGCAAACCACCGAGCAACCCACGUAUGCCGAUGUUGUAGCAGAGGAACCAGCGAAGGAGACAACAACAGAAGAGACCGAAGCCCCUGUUGAGACAACUUCCGAAGAACCGGUAGAGUCCGUUCCAGAGAGCACCACGGCUGAAGCUCCUGCUGCAACGGAAGAAUCGAAACAGCCUGCCGAGAAGACUUCUGAGCCCGCUGCUGAGGAUGAAAAGGCCCCCAUCGAAAAGCCGGUAGAAGAGACCAAGGCUGAGCCUGCUUCGGAAGAAGCCACCACGAAGGAAGAGGUUGUUCAACCCUCCGUCGAGGAAGCCCCCACCGAAGAGGCCGCGAAGGUGUCUCCUGCCGAAGAAGGCGAGAAGAUUGUUGAAGCUGCUAAGGAAGAGGUUCCAGAGGAAGCCUCUGCGAAGACUCUUGUUGAAGUGGAGGCUACAACUACUGAGCCUGUCGUUGAAGAGCCUACAUCCGAGAAGCCCGUCGCGGAAGAAACAACAGCUGAGGAGCCCGCUAAGGACUUGACGAAGGAAGAACCGGCUACACAGGAACCUGUCUCUGAAGUGCCCGCUACUGAGGAUUCGACAACAAAGGAGGCAACUGAGGAACCCACCAAGGCGUCAGGCCCCGAAGUGGCGGCAGAGGAGCCUACAACGGAUGAAAAGCCCGCUGAUGUGACCGAGCAUGAGAUCAAGGAACCAGUCACCGAAGAAUCCAAGGAGACGAAGCAUGCUACCGAGGAAACGACCCUCGAAGAGCCCGUUAAGGAAACUCCCGUUGUUGAGCAACCAGUUGAAUCCGAGCCCGCCAAGGAAGCUGAACCGGUGAAGUCCACCGCAGAAGAGUCUGUUAAGGAGCUCGCUGCUGAAGAGGCUGCUGUUCAAGAGCCCACUCCUGUCGAACAACCUAGCGAGGAACCUGCCGUCAAAGAGUCGCCUGUAGAGGAACCUCCUACUGUCGAGGGAUCUGUCGCUGCUGAGCCUUCUACGGAGGAACCUGCUGCGGAACAGCCCGCCAAGGAAGCUGAGCUCGUGAGUGAAGUGCUGACUACUGAAGAGCCUGCCACGAAGCAGGCGGCCGAACCCGAGCCAGCUGAGCAGCCAGCUGCGGAAGAAAAGCCUGUGGAUGACUCCACUGAAAAGCCAGCAAGUGAGGAGACCGUGGCUGAAGAUUCUGUCCCAGAACCAACUGAGAAGGCCGUGGUUGCUGAGACACCUGCUACCGAGGAAGUCGUUGAAAAGGCUACUACCGAAGAGCCCGCCAAGGAGCCUGUCUCCGAGGAGCCGGUCGCUGAUAAGUCUGCUGAGCAGCCAGCUUCGUCGGAUGUGGUCGAGGAGACUGCUGAAUCUUCUAAGGCUGUUGUUCCUGAGGAGGUCACCUUGAACGAGGUCGAGCCUGCUGUCACACAGUCCCACGAAGAGAAGCCGGAAGAGGUGACUGAGCUACCUAAGGAGGAGACUGUUGCAGCUGAGCCCGUGGCUGUUGAGACACCUGCUGAACAGAAGGCCCCGGAGACUGAACCUGAGGUUGUACCUAAGGCUGAGGCUGAAGAGGCUGUAAUCGCUCAAAAGGAGGAACCUGCCAGCGAGCCAGUAGCAGCAGCCCCUGCUGAGGCCGAGAAGGAGGAGCCUGUAUCGGUUUCUUCUGGUGAGCCUCCUGUGGAGAAAGAGAGCACUGAUACAGCUGAGGUCGUCCCUGAGGCCACGAAAGAGGAUGCUCCUGAACAGGAUGGAAAGAAUAACGCCUCAGCCGAGCUAAUUGGCGUGGGUGCUGCGGCGGCUGUUGCUGCAAGCGCUGCAGCUGCAGCUGCUGGAGUGGCUGCUUUGUCCCACACGGACAAGGAGCCAGAAACCGCGUCUGCGGAAGAGUCUCAACCCACCAAGGGCGAGGACAAGGCUGCCAGCCUUGCCCCUGAGUCUCAACCGUCAGCCAGCAAGCACGCACCAUUGCCUCCUUCAGAGAAUCCUGAAGCUGAUAUCAAUGAACCGCGUUCAGGAUCCGAAGAGCCAGCUGCGUCAACCAAUGAACCAUCGACUACUGCCGAGCCCGCUACUGCGACGGAAACCACUGCAGACAAGGCCGUUGCUCAAAAGGGUGACGCCUCUCGGUCUCCAAGCCAGACCCGGGCCGUUACUCUCAGCAACACCAAGAAUGACAGCUGGUUGAAGGUCAUCCUUCGCGCCGUCUUCGUCAACUUCUUUGGAACCAUCUUCUCUCCUUUCCGUCGUCGCCCCAGGAACGACCAGUAA